UUUUCACACUACUGAAACUACGGUGUUCAAGUUAUAAAACAUCAAAUGUCUUGAUUAUGAACCUAAAUCCAUCCCACCCAAUAAAAAGAAAUUAUAAUUUCUACAUAAGGAGUGCAUAUAUAAAACUUAUACGCUUCCCUACUACUAACACACCCACUCUCUAAAAUUUUCAUAGGAUACUUGAACCGUAAUUCCUUGACAGCUGUUGAAAGUUCAACGGCCGCGAUAUUGCUCCUCUGUUUGUGCAACUUCUGUAAUGUCGCCAUUGCCUCCACACUCCAAAAUGGCGAGAAAAGUCGUGAAGGACGAAGACGCAGUUACUAAAGAACUUUGUAGUUUGGUAGAAAAACUUGCAAAUGAGGCCAUUGAGGAUAGGGGAGGAUUCUCAAUAGGAUUAUCAGGAGGGUCUCUGAUAAAGUUCCUGUGUAAUGGUUUACCAUCUAUAAGUACAUCUUGGGAUAAGUGGUCCUUGUUCUUCUGUGAUGAGCGUUUAGUACCUUUCUCAGAUGGAGAUUCAACCUUUAAGCUUUACAAAGAAGGGCUUGUUGGCAAGACACCCUUGACCGAAGAGCAUUUUGUUGUAAUCAAUCCUGAGUUAGAAGUGGAUGAAGCAGCAAAAGAUUAUGAAAGCAAAUUGCGAAGCAAAUUUCCUGACUGCGAAUGGCCAGUAUUUGAUCUUCUGCUGCUUGGAAUGGGACCUGAUGGACAUACUGCUUCUUUGUUCCCUGGUCACAAGUUGCUUGAGGAAAACAGCGUAUGGAUUGCAGCUAUAAGUGAUUCACCCAAGCCACCCCCCUGCAGAGUAACCAUGACUUUUCCAGUUAUCAACAGAGCACGGUGCUGUGUCUUUGCUAUGGCAGGGCAAGGGAAGGCAGAUAUGGUGAAGCGUAUCCUUGGGGAUGGAGAGGGACUUACCACUGGAAUGGUCAAGCCCACAAAUGGAGAGCUCAUAUGGAUAUUGGAUGAGUCAGCAGCAUCAAAACUUUAAAAGCACUUUCCUUUAUUCAGAUUAUAUAUUCGCAUGGCGGAAACUCAAGUGAUAACUAUAGCAUUCCAGUAUAAUUAAUGUAUUGUAUAAGAUACUGUUUUCUAAAAUUGGUUUCAAUGUUCAAAAGAGCUUAAUCACUAGAAUAAAUAAAGACAGGUUAAGAGAA